GACAGGAGCGCACGCAGGAAUAUACCAUACCGACUUCCUGAUCACCUUCCCUCCUUCGUCCUCAUUCUUCUCUUCCUCCUCCUCCUCCUCCUCGUUGCUGCCAUCUGCCUGAGCCAAAGAUGAGACCGCACGUGACUAGAUGCCUGUCGGGGAAGGAGUGCGCCUCGCUGGUGGGGCUGAUGGUGGUCGUGGUGGCGGCCGUGGUUGCUCAUGCCGGCGGAGGGGAAGUGCCGCAGAUUCUUGGUGCUGAAGACUUGAAUUUGGAGUCCCUCCCUAAACUGUCGAGGAGCAAGCGGAACCUUCACCCUCACGCGCGCCUCCCGACGCCGGAGCUGAUACGCGCUCGUGGGUACCCUGCCGAGGUGCACCAGGUGGUUACGGAGGACAAGUAUAUCCUGGAGAUUCACCGGAUACCCCACGGGAGGCACGAGAGUCCAGUCCAGGGCCCGACCUACAAGCAGCCUUAUCACGAUGGCAAGACGUACUCCCACACACCCUCCAGACCGAACACCCUGAACCACAACCACCACCAGCAAUAUCCCGCCCACCCCUACCUCAACGCUGGUGGUGCCGACUCGUGGCCGAAGGAGAGGCACCAUAACACGACCAUAUUGGAUGGCGAUGAUGUAGGACGGAACGGCAGACGGGUCGUGUUCCUGUUCCACGGCAUCACUUGCUCCAGUGCCGACUACGUCAUGAACGACCCCAAUCAGGCGCUUGGUUUCGUGAUGGCUGACGCGGGUUACGACGUGUGGAUCGGGAACAUCAGAGGCAACUUCUACGGGCGUCGCCACGUCAGCUUGUCGCCCGAGGAGGAAAAAUUCUGGGACUUCACGUGGAGUGAGCCCGCCCGCUACGACGUGCCUGCCAUGCUUUCCUACGUGAUGAAGGUGAGCGGUUCCAAGAAAGUGAGUUAUGUUGGUCACUCUAUGGGCGCCUCCCUCCUCUUCGUCAGUCUUCACCUCUACCCCGUCAUGAACACCUGGCUGCACGGAGUGGCUGCGCUCGCUCCUGCGGCCUACAUGCACAACAAGCAGGGGCCCCUUCGCGUCGUCGCACCCUUCAUUGAGGAGAUCGAGAAGAGUUUCCGGCGGUCCGGGAAAUACGAGCUGCUGCCCCUGAGGCCGGAGAGGCCCUACCUGGCCCACCUGUGCUCGCCGCUCUCCUUCCUCAACCCUGUCUGCUCCUUCAUUCACUUCCUCAUCGGCGGACCCAACGAAAACUACGUGGACCCGAACUACCUGCCCGUGAUCUACGCCCACACACCUGCCGGGACCAACUUCCGCAUCCUAACUCACCUUUUGCAGAUUGUUCGGUCACAAAAGUUCCAAGCUUUCGAUUAUGGGCAGGAGAGGAAUGUGAAAGAGUACGGUACCCCCAGCCCCCCGCGGUACUCCUUGGGCAGCGUGAGGGUCCCCGUGGGCGUGUUUUGGGCCGAGAAUGACUGGGUGGUGGAUCCCAAGGACGUGGCACUCACCGCCUCUGAACUCCCCUGGGUGGCUUACAACUACAAGGUUCCCCUCAAGGAUUUCAACCACUUGGACUUCAUGUGGGCCGAAAACGCCGCCGAGCUGGUGUACAAACCGGUGCUGGAAUAUCUAAGGAAGUGCGAGCAGCGAGAAUUCCACCACAACCACCAGAACAACUAUUACUGAGAAGAGGGAUGAGAGGAAAACAGAAGUGUGUGUUUGAUGUGAUUUGGAGACGGUAACGCAAUACUGUGAUAUCUGUAAAAAUGAGUAGUGAAAGUAGCCGUCUUGGGUGUGAAUGCAGGUCCGAUUACCGUGCCAUUGGAAAUUUGUCAGCUAAAAAGCAACAAUGAAAAACACAGCUUGACCAGAUUUUUCAGUGGAAGGGAAAAGGAAUGACCCACGCAAAAACACUGUUGGAACAUUAGUAAUAUAAUCUGCUCUGGUCUGUGGAACACCGGAAUAACAUGACCUUCCGAUCACUCCUUAGUCAAAUAUACCAGUGAAUAUACCAGUGAAUGUCCAAGAAACACCGGAGCUGAGAAAUCUGAAGGAGCAUUGCCGCCUUGAUCAGGGCUUUGUAAGAGGUGAGCAAACAGACAGACCUGACUAUUAGAGUCUUAAACCUCGAUACAGCGAAAUUAAACUAUGCAUCAGUGUAAUGAACAAAACCCUGAAGUUGAACAAGGAACAGUGACGGGCUGCCUAGUGGAGAGAUAUGAGUUUUAACAGUGAGGAAAUGCAAUACAAACAUGCACCAGUGGAAGGAAGUGAAAAGCCUCUAGUUGAAUGAGGAAGUAAGUUAGCGGAAGGCCCAGACAGCGUCCCACCGUGCAAAUAGACUCAGCAGGAUCGCAGACGACCUGAGUGGUGGGUCCGCCGCGGAGUGAGUUCGGGACAGACUGACGCAGCGCAAAGAGUGAAGGAAAGAAAGAAUGAAAGAGAGAAAGAAAGGAAGAAAAGAUGAGGCUGACCGAUAAUACUCAUAUGAUAAUUUCAAUUGGAAAGUGAAGUAGAGACUAAAUGAGUAGAUUACGGUGAAUUAACGGUGAUAAAACGAACGCUCAACAGUUUGGUGUGGCGGCGUCUGCACGUGACUGACAUGUUUACUCUGGGCAUUUGUCUGUGAUUAAUAUUCUCUUUCGGUUACGAAGGGAAACAGUUAUUGAAUUGAUAAAGCUCUUUCAUGUCUGUUUGUCUCUGUCCACCGGUCUGUCUGUCCCUCUCUUUUUUUUUUUUGCUGCAUUCCUUCUCUUUUGUUGAUGUAUUUUGCAAAUAUAGUUUUUUUCCUCA